CGCUCCCCGGAAGUGCCGGGCUCCGCUUCCGGCCCCGAGCCGCCGUCCCAAGAUGGCGCCGCUGGACCUGGACAAGUACGUCGAGAUCGCGCGGCUCUGCAAGUACCUGCCCGAGAACGACCUCAAGGUGCGGCCGCGGCCCGCGGGGCGGGGCGGGGGCCGGGGGCCGGGGCGGGACGGGGGGUCGGGGCGGGGGUCGGGGGGUCGGGGCCGGUACCCACCCGCUCUUCCCCCGCAGCGCCUCUGCGACUACGUGUGCGACCUGCUGCUGGAGGAGUCCAACGUCCAGCCCGUCUCCACGCCCGUCACCGUCUGCGGGGACAUCCACGGGCAGUUCUACGACCUCUGUGAGCUGUUCAGGACCGGUGGUCAGGUCCCCGACACCAACUACAUCUUCAUGGGUGACUUUGUAGAUAGAGGUUAUUAUAGCCUUGAGACUUUCACUUACCUUCUUGCACUAAAAGCUAAGUGGCCUGAUCGUAUCACACUGUUACGAGGCAAUCAUGAAAGCAGGCAGAUAACACAAGUGUAUGGAUUUUACGACGAGUGCCAAACCAAAUACGGAAAUGCUAAUGCUUGGAGAUACUGUACCAAAGUCUUCGACAUGCUCACAAUAGCAGCUUUAAUAGAUGAGCAGAUUCUCUGUGUGCACGGCGGCCUCUCUCCAGACAUCAAGACUCUCGAUCAGAUUCGAACCAUUGAACGUAAUCAAGAAAUUCCUCACAAAGGCGCCUUCUGCGACCUCGUUUGGUCUGACCCAGAAGAUGUUGAUACGUGGGCGAUCAGUCCGCGAGGAGCAGGCUGGCUCUUCGGUGCAAAGGUGACGAAUGAGUUUGUUCACAUCAACAACUUAAAACUCAUCUGCAGAGCGCACCAGCUAGUUCAUGAAGGCUAUAAAUUCAUGUUCGAUGAGAAAUUGGUAACGGUAUGGUCUGCUCCGAAUUACUGCUACCGCUGUGGAAAUAUUGCAUCAAUCAUGGUCUUUAAAGAUGUAAAUACGAGAGAACCAAAGUUAUUCCGUGCAGUUCCAGAUUCAGAACGUGUAAUUCCUCCUAGAACAACCACGCCGUAUUUCCUCUGAGGCCUGUCCCCGCCUGCUGCCUCCCUCACCCCCUGUACUGCCCCUUUACAAUAUACUUUUUAUUGAGCACUUUGCUGCUGAAAUGCUGCCUCUUGCCUUUUUUAUUUUUAAAUUAUCUAAAGUUAUUGUGUAUUGUGUCUGUAGCGAGUUCCUUUUUUCCCCACUCCCCGGCCCUAGAUUCAUUUCAGGGUAUUUGUUAUUUGUCCUUGAAAGUCAUACUGCUGCAUGUCGUUUUUACGUAUUUCUGGGUUUAGAGGAAACCUCUUCCCCUUAACCUCGGCGACGCCCGGGAAGCGGCUCCGUCCCGGGCUGUUCGUGCAGUUUUGUGUUCGGUGAGGAAUUUCAGCAGCAAAGUCCCCCCGCCGCGCGCGGCCGCCCCAGGCCGGGCCCAGGCCGCGGGGCAGAACCGAGCCCUCCCCGUCGUAGCGUGUUUUAAGUGGAUAUAAAUAAAAGUGGCCGAAGGGCCGCCCCGGCUGGCGCCGGCGUCCGGGGCUCCGGUCCGACCGGCUGCGUUUGUACAUUAAAAAUCAUCGUUCUGGUUUUUUUCAGA